AAAACAUUUAAUUAAACGGUUGUGAACUAAAAUUUUAUCAUUAAUUUCAACAUCAAUUAAUACAUCCAUUACAUUGAUUUUUAUUGCAGUAGUCUUUAAAAUCAAUGACAAUGUGUACCAAAAUUGUUAAAUCAUUGAUAACUUCAGUGAUAAUAUUACUAUCGAUGUCUGACAACAUAAGUUGCAGUUCAGUUUGUGAAUCGGUGGCACCCAAUGGCAUAUACCGGGGCUCACGUAUAUACAGAUUCUGGUAUCUGACAAAUAAAGAUAAAAAGUGGUACUUUGCUGACAAAUUGGUGUUAUAUACCCGAGUAAAUACCUCUACCACACAUGAGUGGCAGCUAAUCGUUAAUGAGACCAGUAUAGCGGUGAAUGAGUCGACAUUCAAAUCGCUGGACAAACCGAUAAUCAAUAGAUUUGAUGGUAUAUUUCCGCUAGAAAGCGAAUACACCUACAAUUGUUACACAACUUUUACGGAUCCAAAUAGUAGUGGCAGUAAAUUAAUAACCAACUGUCAGAUGACAAACCAGAAUCCAUUUCAUGAAAAUACAUUUGACUUUCAAUAUCCGCCAAACGCUAUCAUAUUUAGUCCACGAAUUGUCAAACAGACUGAAGAAUUGAAUCAAACAAUAUAUCAUAUGGUUUAUGAUAAUCGUAACAACAAAUGUGUGAAAUUGAUUCGCAUAGGAAUAAGUGACUUAAAGUUAAAACUAUGGAAAAAGAAAUGCGAUGAAUGUAAAGAACUAAAGUGUAAACGACCGAUAUUUUUGGAUCAACUCAAUCAACAAUUACAUCAAAGUCUCGAAAGUAUUGUCGACUACGGAGACAACUCUUAUAUACUAUUAUUUGUGAUCAAUGGUCGACCACUAUAUUGUUGGCAAUUACAAGACCACCAGCUAAAUGAAACAUGCAAAUCAAGUAAAACAAUGUCAAAUCUAUUGCCUAAUUGUGUCAUCAAUGAAGACAAAUACAACCAAACAGACAAUACAAUGUAUGUAAUAAUACUAAUUGUUUUGGUGAUCAUUGCUGUCAUUUUCGCUGUCAUCGACAUAGUAUUGAUCCGUAAAAGAUAUCGACAACAACAGCAUAUUAUUGGACAGCAAUGGAGUACAGAGGAACAGACUAUUCAUACAAUGUUAAGAAAAUCAUCGACAAAAACACAAACUUUGCUAUGA